UAUCGUUAUUAAAAUAUCUAAUAGAUCGAGUCUGAUUCAACAGCGAUGUUUCCAGCGUACGAACACUUGUCAGCUUACGACAGGCACAAGAAACUUAUAAACGAUUACUUGACGUUACAUGGAAAAUCCAUAUCUUCGCUGAAGCGAGAUACGUCUCGGGACAAAACUGAUUAUGAUGUCAUCAGAGAAAAUCACAAGUUUCUGUGGGAUCAAGAUAAGGAUAUACCAGACACAUGGGGUGCUAAAUUAGCCAAAAAGUACUAUGAUAAAUUAUUCAAGGAAUAUUGCAUAUGUGACCUUACAUAUUAUAAGUCUAAUAAGGUCGCUUUAAGAUGGAGAACUGAAAAGGAAGUAAUAGUUGGAAAAGGACAGUUUGAAUGUGGGAGCAAAACUUGCAAAGAGAAAGAGAAUCUGCGUUCUUGGGAACUUAAUUUUGGCUACGAAGAACAUGGCGAGAAAAAGAACGCUUUAGUAAAAUUAAGAUUGUGUAUAGAAUGUUCUGUAAAACUCAAUUAUGGUUCACAAAAACGUGAAGCCAAAAGGAAAAAAUGUUUGAAACGUCUGAAUACUAACCCCAACAGUGAUGACAUGCCUACUACAUCUAGUAAUUUGGAAUCAGAUAACCAAACAGAAAUAGAUUCUGGUCCACAAGAAACAGAAACUAGCACUGAGAAUACUAAUGCAGAUAAGUCGAAUGUCUGGAAAGAAAACCCAACAGAAGAUGUGGAAAAGACAAGAGAGAAAGAAUUUGAGGAGUACUUGGCAGACUUAUUUAUGUGAAUGCACAAUUGAGACUUCAAUGAUUAUAUGAAGAAGACCUUGCAAGCAAUAAGGAUCCAGCAAUAAGCCUUCUUUUAAAUAUUCUUUUAAAUAUAGAAAAAACUUAUUAUAUAUAGAAAAAAAAAACAAAAAA